GGAAAGUAAUUUUUCCUAAAGUCUCUCCGAACUAAUUUAAGGAAGAGAAAGUACCUAUAAAAUUCUCGCCAAGCAGCAGAAAAGCGUGGGUUUCGUUUCUCUUUUUGUUGGGCAGCGCAGGGGAAAAAAAAAACAGGCUUUCGUUUCCAGAAAACAAAGGGAGCUAUGGAGGUCUUCAAUGUCGAUCAUGGAAGCACACCCUCUUUCGAUUACCUCUUCAAAGACGUUACUUAUUAUGCCAAGUACUCUCUCUCUCUCUCACUCGAUUAAACAAAAAGGUAAGGAGGGGGCGACCGGUAUAGCAAACCCCUUGGGCGUGACCAUAAGGGCUCCCGACCCGCUGUGGAAUGUGUGGGACGUCCGGUUCGAUCCAUAGCUUCUCUCUCCCCGUUUAAGAACUGAAGGUUCCGGAGCAACCCCAAGUUGGGGGCUGCGUGCCUGGUGUAGACUUUGUGCAUACAUGGAUUAGCAUGAGAGACAAAGGGCAGAGUAGGAGUUGCUUGAUAACCAAGGAGGUGAUGAGAUAACAUCAACGAAAGAGGAAAAUAAGAAAAGUGAUGCAAAUAAUAAAAGAAGGAGAGCAGAGAAUAAGGUUGGAGAAGAGGAAGAAUAUGGGAUUUGGUCAAAACUUCCAAGGGAUCUUCAAAUAUCAAUUAUGCGGAGCAUCUCAUCUAUUGACAGGGACUAUCGGAAUAUUCGUGCUGUCUGUAGAAGGUGGAGAUCGCUGGCCCCUCCAUUGCGAUGGAUUCCUGAUUCCGAAGCCAUUCGAUACCCUUGGCUUGUGUCCUUUCGGAUAGAAGACAGUAUAUUUAACUUUUAUGAUCCAACAUCUGACUUUACCUAUGAAAUGAAUACAGGAGCAUCGAACCCUGGAAUUCUCUCGUCCUGCGAAGGUUGGUUGCUCCUUGCUGAGGGUGAACGAUCUAUUUAUAUGCUUGAACCAUUCAGGAAAAUAACAAUCGAUCUUCCACUUGUCCCAGAACCCUUCGACAACCUUAACGGACUUGUCUGUGCUAUAGAUAAAACUACCACAUGCUACCAUUUUACCAGAAUUUAUUGUACCUCUUCUGGACAGCUGAGGGAUUUGGAGUUUUCUAGUAAAAGAGCAGCUUGGGCCCAAUAUUCUGUCAAUGGUGUAUCAUUCCUGUCAUCAUGGAAUAAUCUCGUCAUCUUCCGUGGAUGUGUUCAUUGUUUGGACCAAGUUGGAAGGUUGGGACGCUUGCGAACAGUAGGAAAUACACCAAACUGGUUGGUUUUGAAUGAGUCCCAACAAUUAAGUUUUCCUUCAAAAGUUUGGCAGAACUUUUUGGUUUCCUUCAAGGAUAAGUUAACGUCAGUAUUUGUGGGAAAUUCUGGAGGAUGGGUUCACGUACUAGAGUUCAACUUUUCGACACACAGAUGGGAGCAAGUUGAUAGCUUGGGAAAUCUAGUUUUGUUUGUUGGUCGAACAUCCAUUGCUGUCGAGGCAGAGGAGGAACGACUAAGGAACAAGAUUUUUUUCCCUGUAUUCAAAAAGGCGGACGGCAACAUCAUCUUCUAUUCUCUAGAUUCUGGCAGAUUUCAUAGCUUCAGCAGCGAAAAUUCCUGUGCGGAUUUUCAUGGAACCGAAGAUUUCAAGAUUUUGUCCAACUGUACCUGGAUACAACCUGGACUAAUUUCAACCUUCCGCUAAUUGGUAUCCUCUGGCAAUAGGGAGUGGGACUUAUUCAACAAAGUCUGCUUGUGGGCAUGAGAAAAAGGCUGACGGCAACAUCACCUCCAGUGAAAAUUCGUAUUUGGGAUGUUAGUUUAUGUAGUUUUUUUAUUUUUUUUUGGGGAUCAAGUUCAAUUGGUUAAGUUAUCUUUGCCCGCUAGGCUAUCGAUUUAGGGAUAAUACAAUUGGAGUUUAGAUAAUUAUACGUGCCGAUCAAAUGCAUUCUCACCAAGAUGUGUUUUAUGGUGUUAGUUUUAAGUUUUUCGACUGCUUUUACUGGAUUAAUUACUUUCUGACAAGUGACGAAUUUUUUUCGCUUGGAGGUUGGUUGGUCUUCUUAAAUGUUCUUUCUUGUUGAACUUGCUCGUC